GGCCCCUUUUAAAGAAGCUGCGCAGACUUUGCACAUAGUGGAAGCUAACGGAAACAAGGGGCUCAGAACUGAACCCUCUAUUCUGCUACUCCAGCUAGAACAGAACCUCUUGCGGGUUCUGUGGGUUCUAUGGGGGUUCUUGCGGGUUCUGUGGGAAGUGUGGGGGUUGCUGCAGGAACACUGGGGUCUCGAGGCUGGGUGGAAGAGCGUAUUAAGACAUUCCUGCAGGGAUUAAGCUGUAGUUAAGACCCUGCCUGACCCUUUCACGUGAAAAACCCUAUAAAAGAGGGUGUUGUUUUAAACGCCGCUGCUGCUUCAGACUGAGUACAGCAGGACAGAGGGGUCUGGAUUAUUACUGCUGCUUUUACUGGUUCUACUGGUGUGGAGAGUAAACAUGGCCACGUAUACGUUACCAGAGGGGUUCGACGACUUUGACAUGUUUGCUUUCGGUUCUGUUCUUCUGGUUGGGGCGGUCCUUGGCUUCUUCCUGAACUUCAUCUCGAUAAUGGCGUACCUAAGGGUGAAGGAGCUGAGGACCCCAAGUAACUUCUUCGUCUUUAACCUGGCCCUCGCCGACCUCAGCCUCAACUGCAACGGCCUGGCAUCAGCCUACGCCAGCUACCUCAGAUACUGGCCUUUUGGACCGGAGGGCUGCCAGAUCCACGGCGUUCAAGGAAUGACAUCCAUCCUGGCUGGAAUCAGCUUUCUUGGCGCUGUUGCUUGGGACAGAUAUCACAUGUACUGCACCAAGCAGAAGAUGUUCUGGAGCACGUCUCUAACCAUCAGUGUCAUCAUGUGGGGUCUGGCUAUCUUCUGGUCCGUGUUGCCUUUACCCUCGUUUGGCUGGGGCGUGUUUGACUUUGAGCCGAUGAAGGUGGGCUGUACUCUGGACUACACCAGAGGAGACAGAGAUUACAUCACAUACAUGUUGUCCAUUACUCUGCUGUACCUGAUCUUCCCCCUGGUCAUCAUGUACUCCUCCUACAACUCCAUCUACGCCUACUUCAAGAAGACUCACAACUUCAAGUUUAACACCGGUCUACCUGUGAAGACCCUGCUGUUGUUAUGGGGUCCAUACGUGGUGAUGUGCAUUUAUGCUUGCUUCGAGAACACCAAGCUUGUAUCACCAAAGAUCCGAAUGGUUCUUCCAGUUCUUGCAAAACUGUCUCCACUGGCUAACGCUUUACUUUACUCAUAUGGUAACGAGUUCUACCACGGGGGCAUCUGGCAGUUCCUCACCGGCCAGAGCCAGACAGACAAGAGGAAAUAAAUGAUCUAUCAAAGUGAAUAAAUCAUUUUAAUCUGAA